ACAGAUGUUUUGUGGCUGAUGUGAUUGAAGCUGGAGCUCCUCCUGUACAUUUGGGAAUGAACUCAGGGAAAGACAAGAACUCUGCAGAACGUGGGUUAAAAGCUCCGCUGGAUUUGGCUCCAAAUACUGUAGAUGACAUGUAUGCUGGCUGCAAAGACAAGAUGGAGUACAGAGUGAAGGAGGAGUACUUGGCAAAUGAGAAGAACCAAGACAAAAAUUUCACCUUGGCCUGGGAUGAAGCAGAAAAAUACUAUAACAAAAAAUGGAAGCGCAGAAAGGGAAAGCGACCCUCCACCUCCCUGGGGAAAGAGCAGAUCAUGGCUAUUUAUGUUUACACCCUUGACAAACCAAAAAUCUAUUUGGAUUUCAACAAUGCAGUUCGAACCCAGAAGUCUAAGUACAAGACCACAUUCAGGUAUCACGCGCUUCACUUUUUCCUGACUGACGCCCUUCAAACUCUCAACGCUCGCAAACCUGAAGAAGAAAGAUGCCUCACUGGCUACCGUAGAGCCGACAGUUACUUUAGCCAAGAUGUUCUGAACAAGCUGAUCCGCUUUGGCUCUUUUACCUCCAGCUCAAUGGGAUGGUAUCCCGGCGCCGAAAGAUUUGGAGACAAGUCAUGUUUUGAGAUUAUCACAUGCUCCGGAGCGGACGUCUCGCUGUACUCGAAGCUCGGGGAGUCGGAGAGAGAGGCCCUGAUUCCCCCUUACGAGGUCUUUAAAGUCACCAGGAUAGAGAGGAGGUCUGAGCAGAAGAGUCUUCCAUGUGAGGUGGUCUACAAAGUGAAAAGCACAGGAAAAACUCUUUCCAACAUGAAUUGUGCUCUUUUCUGA